AUGAACACCAAUCCACCAAGCUCCGGGGCGUCUGGGGAGCCCCAGAGGAAAGGAUCCGUCAAGCGGGCCAGGCAGUUGCUAGAAGCCGGUGUACGUCCAGAACAAGCCUCACCACCCCAACAGAUGAGAUACCCGCCUGGCCCCAGGAAUAUGCCGCAACAACCCCAAUGGCCACUUCCUGAUUCGGGUCUCCCACCGCAUCCAAUUAGCCAUCAGCCUCGGUACUUGCCCCCGCGUGGUCCUCCGCUUCAAAGACCGCCCAAUCCCAGUGAGGCCCCGUCGCCGUCCAUCUACUCAGAGCGGGAUGGCCACUAUCAAACGAGGUUGGUUCCAAGACCACCUCAGGCGUUUUCACAACUACAGCGCCCUCCGCCAUUGCAAUCGUGCCGGCCUUCGCUGGAUGGCCCUGCUAGCCCUGCUAGCACAAUCGACUUGACUCCUCGGAUAUCAAUUGCAACAGAUGAUUUGUUCAGACAAUCUGUGGCUUCGUCAACAGCCUCUAUUCCCGAUGUGCCCCCAUUUCCGCCACCCGAGUCCCAUCUUUCUCACGAUGAGCCCAAGGGCCGGACGGCAGGACUUGUCGCACCCCCCAAUACACGGCGGUCUCCUCCGGCUCGUCAAUCAUCUGUUUCACCCAUUCCGGAAGAAUUUGCGGGUUCUCGCUUCACUAAAUGCUCCGUCGCGUCGAGCCGCGCCAUGCCCUCUAGUUGGGGAUCUGGUCCCGCCGAGUCCGAGAUUCUGGGGGCAUAUUCGGAUGGGAAUUCAGACGAUGGUCACCCUUCACCGAGACUCCAUGAAGAAACUACAACGCUUGUCCGAAAUGCCAGUCUUGGAAAACGAGGAAAGCCGACAAUGCGUACUAUUCUCAAAUCUAACCCUGUAUCUGAAGUUCCCGUUGCAGCCACACAGCCAUCUUUCCAGGAGAAUCCCGCCAAGAGUACAGUCGUAGCACCCAUCGACACGAGAGCUGCUACAAAUCAAAUACCCGUCUCAUCAACCCGGCCACGAAAUGCCUCUACAUCUACAGCAUCGAGUGGAUCUUUGAACGGCGUGGACCCAGAAAAAUCAUAUCCGCAUGAUGAGCCACCUUAUAGUACAGGGCUCGAGAAAGAGCUUGAAAUCAUGGGAACACUACCGAAAGCUGCACCAACAAUGAGCGACAAAAGACCCGGUGGUCACAAGCCACCUGCUCUGAACAUACAUGCGGUACGGGAUGCGGAAGCUCGUGGAAGUCUUUCCAGUUUAACCGACUUAAUUCGACGAGCCACAAAGCUUGCAUCGAACCUGGACCGUGGGAGAACCGCCAGCCGGGCUGAUUUGGCUGGCGGCGGUGAGGCUGAGUUUAUGUCUGGGAAGGGGACACGGCCAUGUAACUCUGGCUCUCUCUCCGAUAUUCUUGCUUCCUUCCCCCCGCCGGGGUUAGCGACCCCCGAAGGCCGCGGAUCAUGGCCAGUCUUCUUUGGACGCUCCAACCUGCGUAACGUUGAGCCGCUUGGUUCUGACGCUGACGAUCCAAAUGCCCCUCGGCGUAGGAAGAUGUGUUGUGGAAUGCCCCGGAAGCUGUUUGUGCUCAUGUGCAUUGCAAUCUUUAUCAUCGUCAUCCUAGCGGUCCUUCUCCCAGUGUUCCUAGUCGCUGUACCUCGUGAGAAAGCGAGUGCAUGUGCACAAGAGAAUCCUUGUGAGAAUGGAGGCGUGAGUGUCUCCAGUGGCACCGAAUGCUCGUGUGUUUGUUCAAACGGCUACGUUGGCUCAAAAUGCACCACUGCAGGUGACGAUAGCUGCACCACAUCACUGAUUCAGAACGGAUCGAAUGCAACAAUGGGCAGUGCACUUCCAACGUUGUUCAGAGACUCCAAGGAAAAGUUCGACAUUACCCUCGAUCCAGUCACCAUCAUGGCUCUCUUCAGCAUGAAUGAUGUCUCUUGUAGGACUGAAAAUGCGCUUGUGUCUUUCGAUGGUGUCAAGGCCAAUAGCAUUAGCAAGGCUCGUCGAUCUCCACAAAAUGCAGCUGACUUGAACCGUGGGGUUUCUACACCCGUCGUGAAAACCGACCCGACGCCGGUUCUUGCAGCCCGUGCUGAGGCCACCAUGCACGGCGGUAUCGUAUACGAUGACUCGGAGUCAAGCAACUCAGCUACAACCACCUCGACGCCUACCAAAACCGCGUCAGCAGCGACUGCAUCCGCUACUAAGAUCAGCGCGGAAGCGAUAUCGACUGGGAACAAGGCAUCCACAGCUCCCAGUAUUCCUGAGGACGUUGUUGGAUUUUCACGGGUUGCGGUGUUGUAUAUUCUGCAGAAGACAGGAUCACUUGACUCGGCUAGAUCCUCUGAAGAGAGCAUCGAAGUAUAUCUCGUUGAUUCCUACACAAACGCAACCCACCCUGUCAUGAAGGUGGGCGCAUUUAGCCUGGACUUUGAGGAAUUGACCAUCACUCUUCCCAAUAGCACGGUGAAGGCCGAGUGA